AUGAAGAAACUGCUAUAUCAUUUACCAUUCACUUUGUUGCACCUUCCCAAAUCGCUAAGCAGAAAUGUUACUACUAACAGAUUAAUAUUCACGGCUGCUAUUCACUCGGACAUGAAGCGCUGCAAUAUCUUCAUCUCAGGGCUCUGUCGGGAUGGCAAAAUCGACGAUGCACGCAAGAUGUUCGACGAAAUGCCUGAACGGGACACUGGUCUGUGGACCACAAUGAUAAGUGGGUACUUGAAGUGUGGCCUGAUCAAGGAAGCCAGGAAGCUGUUUGAUAGACUGGAUGCCAAGAAAAAUGUUGUCACUUGGACAGCCAUGAUUAAUGGGUACAUCAGAUUUAACCAAGUUAAGGAAGCUGAGAGGUUGUUUUAUGAGAUGCCCCUGAGGAAUGUUGUGUCUUGGAACACAAUGAUUGAUGGGUAUGCAAGGAAUGGCCUCACCCAGCAGGCUUUGGACUUGUUCAAGAGAAUGCCGGAGAGAAAUGUGGUUUCUUGGAAUACAAUCAUCACGGCAUUGGUGCAGUGUGGGAGGGUUGAUGAUGCACAAAGGAUUUUUAAUCAGAUGAAGGAAAGGGAUGUGGUUUCAUGGACUACCAUGGUUACGGGUUUGUCGAAAAAUGGGAGGGUUGAGGAUGCUCGAGCACUCUUUGACCAGAUGCCUGUUCGGAAUGUGGUUUCUUGGAAUGCAAUGGUGACAGGCUAUGCGCAAAAUGGGAGAUUGGAUGAGGCUCUGGAGUUGUUUCAGAGGAUGCCUGAGAGGGAUAUGCCUUCUUGGAAUACCAUGAUCACGGGUUUCAUUCAGAAUGGGGAGUUAAAUCGUGCAGAGAAUCUGUUUGGUGAAAUGCGUGUGACGAAUGUCAUUACUUGGACUGCAAUGAUGACCGGGUAUGUGCAACAUGGGCUAAGUGAAGAAGCCCUGAAGGUAUUUAACAAAAUGCUGGCUACCGAUGGGUUAAAACCCAACACUGGAACUUUUGUGACCUUGUUAGGCGCUUGUAGUGACUUAGCUGGUCUUACAGAAGGACAACAAAUUCAUCAAAUGAUAAGUAAAACAAUUUUUCAGGAUAGCAAAUAUGUGGUAUCUGCUCUGAUAAAUAUGUACUCAAAAUGUGGUGAGCUGCGUAUUGCAAGGAAAAUGUUUGAUGAUGGACUAUUGAGUCAAAGGGACUUGAUAUCUUGGAAUGGUAUGAUCGCUGCCUAUGCGCAUCAUGGGCAUGGCAAGGAGGCAAUUAAUUUAUUUAACCAAAUGCAAGAAUUAGGUGUCUGUGCUGAUGAUGUCACCUUUGUUGGACUUCUCACAGCUUGUAGUCACACUGGUUUGGUUGAGGAGGGACUUAAAUACUUCGAUGAAAUUCUGAAAAACAGAUCUAUACAGCUCAGAGAAGAUCACUAUGCAUGUUUGAUUGAUCUUUGUGGUCGUGCAGCUAGGCUGAAAGAAGCUUUCAAUAUCAUUGAGGGGCUUGGGGAAGAGGCAUCACUAACUGUUUGGGAAACGCUCCUCGCCGGAUGUAAUGUCCAUGGAAAUACUGAUAUUGGGAAACUUGUAGCAGAGAAACUUUUGAAAAUUGAACCACAGAAUGCUGGCACCUAUUCAUUAUUAUCAAAUAUGUAUGCUUCAGUAGGGAAAUGGAAAGAAGCUGCCAAUGUUAGAAUGAAAAUGAAGGACAAGGGAUUAAAGAAGCAGCCUGGUUGUAGUUGGAUUGAAGUUGGCAAUGUAGUGCAAGUAUUUGUAGUUGGUGAUAAAUCACAUUCUCAAUAUGAGCUUCUGGGACACUUACUUUGUGAUCUACAUACAACAAUGAAGAAGGCUGGGGACAUGUCAGAUGAUCAUUUAUUAGUUAAUGAGGAGUUUUAG